AUAUGAGUGGCAAUAGCAGUACUGGCUCGUCGUCGCAAGGCAAGGUCAUCAAUAUCCAGCCUAGCCAGGCCAGUGUGUUGGUCCAGGCCCUCAAAAAAGAAAUGGAACUUGCAAAAGCAGCUGGAAAUGACAAGGAAAAGGCAAAGGUCCACUACGCCAAAGCGGAGAAAAUCAACCAGAUUUUACUCAAUUAUCAAGCACAGCAAAAGGCCCGCCAAGAGCUGCAGGGAUCGCAAGUUGGAUCCCCCAUUGAUCCCACAUCUGGUACGAAUUCGGGUGUACCAAGCGCACAACCCUCAGCGAUGAAUUCUCCAAAGAUACAAUCACAGCUGCCCAAUCCUUUGAGCGACACAACAUCCGCAGGAGGCAACGGCAAUGGAAACGGAAAGAGCUCAGUAAUCACAGUACAGAAAUUGAACCAAGUCAAGACCACCUUGGAGCAAUUAGCUCAAAGCAUAAAGCAAUUGGAAGAAUCCAAAGUAGGAGAGACCAAUCAACAAAAAAUUGAAACGGCAGACAAGGAAAUUGCCAAAUUAAGGCCCAAGUUGGCCCAGUUCCAGAAGAUCGCUCAAUAUUUCAAAAACGACUUGGCCAAUCAAAGCAAAAGCAACUCUUCCUCCCCAGUGUCUACUCCCACCCCAGGAUCCACCCAGGAUAUACAUCAGAACGCAGCCAAGCCAGCAAGCAGGAUGAACACAGACGUCGAUGCAACCCAACAAGACAUACACAAACAAGCAAUGAGAACAAACUCCACUCCUAACUUUUCACAAAUGAGUGUCCCUGGAUCCGGUCUAGGCUCAGCACCAAAGCCAGGGAUUCCUGCCGCAUUGAACAAACCAAAGCCCGUGGGAAUUCCUUCCAGCAUAUCUGGAUUCACUCGUACUACCCCUACAGGUAUACUGUCAGGACCAAUCCAGACUGGAAUGAGAGGGUCCCCUCUCACCACCAAGCCCCUCAUAGGUGGAAGCAGACCAGUGUUAUCUGGCGGAAUAGGGAGCAGCUUGGGUUAUUCCUUGAGUUCCCCAUCCAUCACUAGAAUGCCCUACGAAUAUUCUCAUAUAACACCCACAAGUAUCCCAGAUAAUUCCGGAAGAGUACUCACUAAGAGAAGACUCGCGGAGUUGGCCAACACCAUAGGUGCAACAGAGGGUGACAGCAAGACUACUAUAGACAACGAUGUUGAGGAUUUGUUGCUUGACUUGGCAGAUGAAUUCGUCUCCUCAGUCACUGGGUUUGCUUGCAAGAUUGCCAAGCAUCGUAAGGUAGACAAGGUGGACUUGAAAGAUUUUCAGCUUCAUCUCGAAAGAAAUUGGAACAUCCAAAUUCCAGGAAUUACUCUGGACGACGUUAAGCCCCCAAGAAGAUGGCAACCCACGUCCGAGUAUUCUGAGAGACAGGCAGAGGUUGAUGCUACCAAGCCAAGUAGUAGUGGGAAAUGAACAGGUAUGUAUGAUUAUAGAAAUAAUUGAACGAACUACAUAAGAAUAAGAAUGAUUAGUUAUCGGUCGGAGAAGUGGACA